GGCAGCAUCAGCUGUGCCCCCCCCCCCCCCAAGCCAAUGAUAACCUAUGUAGGAGCAGGGGUAGUCAAAGCUGGAUAGGAUCUGAUAACCAUGCUCUUCCUGAUGUUACAUUGUGUAGACAUUGAGGCUGUUGGCGCGUGGCCCCCUUGCUUGAUUAAAGAUCUUACGACACCGCGUAGGGAGGGUAUCAUAGUACUUUAGAAGCUUGGCAGACUCUUCCCGCAAAGUCGUACCACCGCUCCCCUUCACUUGAAGCUGAACUUAGAUCUAAGCAACUAACCAACCAUUCAUCUUCCAAUCAUUCGAUAAGUCCAUGAGGUGGCGUGUGGAAUAUUUAAAAAUACCAUAUUUCCCUGAAGACUAGCCCGCUAGCUUAUCUCCAACAUUCCCAAGCCUGUUAGUAAAGACACAAAGGACGACGCCACGAAGGAUUCUACCAUUUAUACUGAAAUUCAGCUAUGGCUUUUACAUCGGACGAUGACCAAAGUGAUAGAGCUGGGACCAAUACAGCUAUACUUUUAGUUGUUGGGACCGGAGGAUUUACGCACGCGGCGCCCGUCCUUGAGCUGGGUCGCAUCUUAUCAGCUCGUGGUCAUCGCGUGGCUUUAGCGACUCACCAGGGUCAGGAAAAAUGGAUCGAAGGCACUUCGUUCGGCUUCUUGACCAGCGUCUACACCAUGGGACCGCCUAUGGAUCCCGAAACUGAGGCUGCGCAUUACCUGCAGAUGCAGAAUUCCGACAUCAGGAAGAGCUAUCGGGACUACUUCCGCCCGAAGUUCAAUGUGGAUGCUUUCUGGGCCUCAGACUAUUCUUUUCUCAAGGAUAUUUGCGAAGCAUUCAAGCCCGACAUGAUAGUGGCUGAUUUCUUCGUUGAUUCUGCCGUCAGGGAUAUCAAGUGUCAGGCCGGAAUCCCCAUCACUACCGUCUGGCCUCAAAUGCCGUACGCUAUGGUUGGCGCAUCGUAUAUCCCAGGGCUUCCUGGAUUUCAGGUAGACGCCCUCACAAGCGAGUAUGCUUCUCUUUGGACUAGGAUCCGUGCCGCCUUCCGACCCUUGCGAGCAGUGUCAGCGGUCAUUCCAUAUCUUAGGUUCAUACGAGAAAUGCGGCGGAAAGCUGGUGUCAACUACACCUUGCCAAUCCUGAAGAAGCCUGACUACCUUGUGCUCGUCAACUCUUUCUGGGGCCUCGAAACCCCGAAGGACCUACCCCCACUUGUUGCUCCUAUUGGGCCUAUUCUAGCCGAAGAGUUCGAGCCCCUCAGUGGCCCUCUAGAAGCGUUCUUCGCAAACCAUCGUCGUAUGAUGUACGUUUCUUUUGGGACACAUAUCCAAGUAGCUUCACAUGAUCUCGAGAAAUUCGUUGGGGCAUUCUCUGCACUUCUCCAAGAAGGACUCGUGGAUGGCAUCGUCUGGGCAGCUAAUGACGUCCAACGCAAGCUCUUCGACCGUGAUCAGACGCUACGCUACGGAAAUAUCAAGAUAUGUGAUAUUCUGGAUAAUCGCGAUCGGUCAUGGUUCUUUACACCUUUCGCGCCUCAACGAGCCAUCCUUGCCCGCCGUGAAACCGUCUUAUUCGUGACGCACGGAGGCGGCAGCAGCGUGAAUGAGGCUACAUUCCACGAGACUCCCAUGUUGAGCAUAGGUUUCUUCUUUGACCAGCUACUCAAUGGGUUACGCAUUCAAGAAGCUGGGGUGGGUCUGGCCCUUGACAAGGCAAAUUUCUCCGAAAAUGAGAUCCUGGAGAAGUCGCGCGUUCUGCUGCGAGAUGAGAAUGGUACGAUCGCGCAGGAUGUACGCCGCAUGGGCCACAUUGCUCAAAUCUCGGCCCGGAAGAAGGAAUUCGGAGCCGAUUUGAUUGAGGAGGUACUCUAUGACCACCGCUUUAGCCUAGUACCGCCCGGGGCCACGGCUGGUAAAAGUGGUCACAGGCGUCGUCCGAUGCACCUGCAAACUGCCGAUGCGAGAAUGUCUGCAUGGAAGGCCCAGAACUGGGAUUUGACCAGUCUUGCAGUAGCUUCGGCUGCAGUUGUGGGAUAUCUAAGCUGGACGAUGGUCGACGCACUCCGCACACGAACUUAGAAUGUCAUAUACGCACCCGU